UUCCACUUCCGGUCCCGUGGGUUUCGUCACGUCGUGUUUGGUUUUCGGUGUGCUCAUCAAAACAGUGAAGUUGUUGUCAUCCGGCUCCGCUGUCUGUCAUCCUGCUCCGCUGUCUGUCAUCCGGCUCCGCUGUCUGUCACCCUGCGAUGCGCGACAAGACGAACCGGGAAACCGCCUCCGUUAAGUAAUUGUGCGAUGGAGCAGCCGGGGACAGACACCGAGGCGGACGAGCAAGAGAGACCUCUGCUGCGCCGCGGACGGGACGACAAGCUAGACAGGGCCCCGGCUUGCUGCUCGGCACGGUACAGCCUGGCUUUCUUCUCCUGCUAUGGUUUCUUUGUGGUGUAUGCCUUGCGGGUCAACCUCAGCGUGGCCAUGGUGGAGAUGCUUAACGCGACCCAUCAAACCAGCAAGAACCACAGCGGCUCGGUGUGCCCCGCCCACACCAGCCCCCCCCAGUUGCACCACAACAACACGGCCAACGUGUAUGAUUGGGACUCAGAGACACAGGGCUGGAUUCUGGGCUCCUUCUUCUACGGCUACAUUUUGACCCAAGUCCCCGGGGGCUAUCUAGCUAGCCGGUGCGGAGCCAAGUGGCUGAUGGGCUUCGGUAUUUUGGGCACUGUCAUCUUCACGCUGCUCACUCCUGUGGCCGCAGACCUCGGGGCAGGCUACCUCAUUGCCGUCAGGGUGCUGGAAGGUAUUGGAGAGGGAGUUACGUUCCCUGCGAUGUAUGCCAUGUGGGCAGCAUGGGCCCCACCCAUGGAGAGGAGCCGACUGCUAACCAUUUCUUACACUGGAGCCCAGUUGGGAACAGUGAUCGCUCUCCCGCUGUCUGGUGUAAUAUGCUUCUACCUGAACUGGACCUUCGUCUUCUAUGUAUUCGGUGCCGUGGGGCUGGUCUGGUUCGCUUUGUGGGUGUCUUUUGUAUCUGACAGUCCCAGCAGCCAUCCACGGAUUACGGAGCGAGAGAGGCAUUACAUCACCGCCUCCCUCAAGAAUGAGCUCUCUACCUCGGUGGGAUACAUCCCUUGGGGCUCCAUAGUGACGUCCAGGCCGCUGUGGGCAAUCAUAGUGGCCCACUUCUCCUACAACUGGACCUUCUACACCCUCCUCACCCUCCUUCCCACUUACAUGAACGACAUACUGGGCUUCAGCAUACAACAGAAUGGCAUGCUGUCGGCUUUCCCCUACGUCGGCUGUGCCGUGCUGGCAGUGCUGGGCGGCCAGCUGGCUGACUACCUGAGAGAGAGCUGUCUUUACCCCACCGUGGUGGUCCGGAAGGCCUUCUCCAUCGUAGGUAUGAUCGGGCCAGCGGUGUUCCUGGUGGCAGCAGGCUACAUAGGCUGUAACUACACCCUGGCUGUGACCUUCCUCACCAUCUCUUCCUCCCUGGGUGGACUGUCUGCCUCUGGUUUCAACAUCAACCACCUAGACAUCGCACCCUCAUAUGCUGGCAUUCUGCUAGGAAUCACCAACUCCUUUGCUACCAUUCCUGGUAUGGUGGGUCCGGUCAUAGCUAGAGCCUUGACCACAAAUAACACCAUAGAGGAGUGGCAGACUGUCUUCUAUAUCGCCGCUGCAAUCAACCUGUUUGGAGCGACGUUCUACACAGUGUUCGGCCAAGGCACGCUGCAGCCCUGGGCCGUCCCCAGGCCCUACAGUCAUGGAGACAGAGCCAAAGAGCCAUGCAUUAUGGGAAAGUGUACCAACCCCUCCCUGCUUUAGUCACACACACUCAUGUCAAUCACACCUCUACUAGACUAGUACACAUCCAGGUCAAC